GUCACGGAGGAUGUUAAAUUUAUAAACUAACCAUUUUUAUUGCGGCAACAUGUUUUACAGUAUCCGGACACUUGUCAGAUUUCGGCUUUUAAAAGUGUGUGAAACUCAAAAUUUUAAACCACGGAAAUAUUUGCAUAACAGAACAAAUUUUACCAAAAAUACGUACAAUGUAUCGAGAGGAAAUUAUAAUUAUUUGCAUGAAGCUCAUAUUGCGUUUUUUGAAAAUUUGCUUGGGGAUAAUAGAGUGAUUAUGGAUCUUUGCGAUCUGGAAAAAUAUAACGUGGAUUGGUAUACUCAAGUUAGAGGAUGUAGCGCUAUAGUAUUAAAACCAAAGACGACAGAAGAAGUUUCUCAAAUAUUAUCAUUUUGCGAUAAAAAUAGACUUGCUGUGUGUCCUCAGGGAGGAAAUACCAGCGUUGUGGGUGGGUCAGUACCAGUUUUUGAUGAAAUUAUCGUAUCCACAGAGUUAAUGAACGAAAUAAUAAGUUUAGACGAGACAUCCGGAAUUUUGGUAUGUCAGGCGGGUUGCAUUUUAGAGAAUCUCAACAAUUACUUAGCAGAUCGAGGUUUAAUCGUACCGUUAGAUCUUGGAUGUAAAGGCACUUGUCAUAUUGGAGGAAACGUAUCUACCAACGCUGGUGGUAUGAGACUAUUACGAUAUGGUAAUAUGCACGGAAACGUCAUAGGCUUAGAAGCAGUGAAAGCCAAUGGGGAGGUGAUAGAUUGUUUAAAUACAUUGAAAAAAGAUAAUACUGGAUACCACUUAAAGCAUCUUUUUAUAGGAUCUGAAGGAUCGUUGGGAUUUAUCACGAAAAUUGCUCUUCAUUGUCCUCCACGAUCGAAAAGCAGAAACGUGGCGCUUUUAGGUCUCCAAGAUUUCGACAAAGUCUUGAGAACUUUUAGGAAAGCUCAGGCACAGUUAGGAGAAAUACUUUCCGCAGUUGACGUGAUGGACUCUGUUACAAUGGACUUUAUUGAAGAUAAAAACCAUCAACAGUCCCCUAUUGGAAGUCAUCCCUUUCAUUUGCUUAUUGAAACGUCCGGUUCUAACGAAGUACACGAUUCCGAAAAAGUAAACAAUUUCUUAGAUGACGUCAUCAAUAGCAACUUGAUCUCAAAUGGGACAAUGGCAUCAGAGCCAUCAAAAAUCGAGGCAAUUUGGUCAAUCAGAGAGAACGUAUCUAAUGGUUACAAAAAAUGCGGUGCUGUUUUUUAUUAUGAUGUUUCUCUACCCAUCGAACAUUAUUAUUCAUUAGUGGAUGAUAUGAGAAACCAUAUGGGUGAUAAAUGCGAAAGGGUUUUUGGAUAUGGACAUUUGGGUGACAGUAAUCUCCAUUUACAAAUAGAAAUGAAAGAAUACCGUAAAGAAUUAAAAGAUUACGUUGAGCCAUACAUAUUUAAACGAACUGCCGAGCUAAAAGGCAGCAUCAGUGCCGAACACGGGAUGGGUUUUAUAAAAGGGAAAUAUUUAAAUCUGGCGAAACCUGCUAGUUCCAUUGCUCUCAUGAGAGAGUUAAAAAAAAUAUUGGAUCCUAAUGGCAUAUUAAAUCCUUACAAGAUAUUUCCUUCUCAUUAAAGAUGUGUAUAAUGAAA